AUGGCUGGAUCCCAGAGCCGAGGUGAUGCCAAGAUAACAUUAGAAAUUCGCACGAAAUCUGUGGAGCAGACACUGGUUCCUUUAGUGACUCAGAUCACUACUUUGGUUAAUCACAAGGAGCGGACACGUCUGACAGAAAAGCAGCAAAGAGCUCUAGAAAGAGUUGGAGUGGCAGUUAAUUCAGCAGUGGAUCGCUUUGUGUCUGUUGGUCAAUCUUUAGCUGAAGAGAAUGUGGAUAUCAAGGCUGACAUGUGUCUGGCCUGCCAUGAUGCCCGUAUGGCUGGAGCAGCUAUUCAACGUCUGACCUGCUUGCGUCCUCACCCUGAUGAUAGUGCAGCUUCUGUGGCAGAUAAGACGUCAAUGGUCAGGGCAGCCCGCCAGUUAUUGUCUGCCAUUACUAAAGUCUUACUUUUGGCAGACAGAAUUGUUGUCAAGCAGCUACUGUCCAGUAAAGAUAAGGUGAUGCAGAGUCUGGCACAGGUAGAACAAGUAAAUAAUUUCACCGAUUUUGUCAGUGCUUUUAGCCAAUUUGGCAAAGACAUGGUGGAGCUGGCGCAUCUGUCUGGAGAUAGGCAGAAUGAUCUGAAGAGUGAUAAACACAGGGCCCAGAUGGGAUCUGCCCGGGCAGUGUUAGAGAAAUCCACCAUGAUGCUUUUGUUGUCUUGUAAGACUUGUCUGCGUCACCCAGAUUGUUCCAGUGCACGGCACACACGCCAAGGUGUGUUUUCUAUGAUCCGCCAAUCUUUGGAGCUAAUUCAACAUGUUGUUGUACAAGGUGGACCAGAUGAAGUUCGACCCGAAGGUGGUCCAGUUGUCAAUGGGGACUCUGGCAUUGGGUUGUCCUGGACACACCCAACAGCCAGCAAAGCAUUCUGUGAUUUUGAGGAUCAGAUAGACAUGACUCGUGUCACUAUGAUUGGACCUGCUGUGGAAGAACGUCUGCUAAAUUGUUUUGAGAGUGUCAAGGAGACGGUGGAAGAGUUUACUGAUUCAUACUACACCUCACACGAGGCUCGGGAGAAAAUUGUGCAGUUGUCAGAAAACUUGCGAGAUGAUCUCCAGAACAUGCUUCUCCUUGGGCAGAACCUGAAUUGUCGAGAUGCUCGCACGCCCACUCAGGACUUAGAGACAGCCAUAAUCAAAACAUUAGAGUCAUCAAAAAUUUUGCGAAAGCAGCUGUUACAGACAGCCAUGAGCCAGGCCUCGGAUCUCUUUAGGCAGAAUGAUGAUGAAGGCCUUCUGAAGUCACUGAGGAUGGCAGGUAUGGCUGGAGAGCUGGACAGAGUAGAGGAACUGACUGUCAAGUUUUCUGAACACCAGGAACAGCUAGAGGAGGUGUGUAAACUGUUCCGACACAUGGCUAGCACAGAGCCACUCAUUAUUGCAGCUGAACAUAACGAGUCCUUCCUACAUAAUUUGGGACCUCUGAUUCUGUUUGCUGCACACACGCUAGCCCAGCAUGCAGACUCCAAGAUUGCCCGAGAGAACCUGGAGGUUUUCAGUGACGCCUGGGAGUCUCAGAUCAAUGAUCUCUCAGUGCUGGUGAAGGAGGUCAACGAUGUGUGUCAGGGGCGUGGAGACAAGCUGGUGUAUCUGUCAUUACCAAGGCCAGGAAAACAUGGCACCACUUCCCGUUCACUGAGACCUGCCAAACUGGACGCUGGAGCUAGUGAACAAGCAAAGAUUGCCAAACUGGGGCUGGAAAUGAAGUUGAUCACAUCAGAGACAGAAGCAGAAGCAGACAAAUGGGAGGAGCCAGAUAAUGCCGUAGUGAAGCGAGCCAAGAACAUGUCAAGUAUGGCAUUCAGCAUGUACCUGUUCACCAGAGGAGAAGGUCCUCUUCGCACGACGCAUGAUUUGUUUGUACAGGCUCAAUUCUUUGCUCAAGAAGGCAACAAAUUGUACUCAACCAUACAGCACUUUGCCCAGAAAGUGCCGCCCUGCUCUCAGAGGGAGGAGUUGCUGAUGUACCUGGAGAGGAUUCCUGUGUGCUGCCAUCAGCUGCUGACAACACUCAAGUCUGCAACAUUUGGCAAGACAGCCACCUUCAAUAAGGUUGACAGUGCUAUUCAAGAAACAAAAAACUUAAUGAAUGUGGUAGCAAAAGUCGUAACAACGUGCUUUGUUUGUGCCACAAAGUACAACAUUGACUACCGUUCCUCUCCAACACCAAGCAGCAGUGGACAGAUUUGUAGAUGGACAUCAUGUCCAAGAUAUGAAUUCAGAACAGGCAGCAGUGAUGCAGACUCUGGCCUUGGCAAUAGUGGACAAGGAGACGGCCUUUACAGAAGUUCUAGUCUGACCAAGCCAUUACCUCAACUAGAUAAGACUGGUUAG